CCGCCACCCCCUGUCGCCGCCGCCCCCGCAGCCAGGAUGCCGGCGGGCGGCGCGGCCGGGCUAUGAGCCACCGCCGGCCCGGAGCUACAACGCCUCUCCGGCAGCCCACAGUAGGAAGACCGCGCUGCGGGUCACCUUGCAGGGAGGAAAAUGGGAGCCACUGCCCCAGUGUGAACUGUCUCUAAGGUACAACAAAAUAAAGGCCACCUGUCCCACUGCCUCAGACACUUCCUAGUAUGGAUGGCUUGGUUGAGCAGAACAGCGUGCUAAUGCACAGUAAGAUCACUGAAGCUGGGAAAAGGAAUGGUUUAAUUAAUACAAGGAACUUAAUGGCAGAGAGUGGAGAUGGUCUGGUCUCUGUGUACUCGACUCCACAGUACCAGAGUCACCGAGUGGGCAGCCUAUCCUCUCCAAGCUGCCUGGAGAAUGGCAGGAAUGACCCUGUACAUCAGCUCCUGGACCCCAACAUGCUGCAGCAGACAGUGGAGUCUCACUACCGGCCCAACAUCAUCCUUUACUCUGAGAAUGUGCUGCGCUCGUGGGGUGAGAGCAUUAGCUCGGAGUGCUGUGAAACUACCUUCAUCGAGGACCGCUCUCCCACCAAAGACAGCCUGGAGUACCCAGACAGCAAGUUCAUCGAUCUGUCAGCAGAUGACAUCAAGAUUCACACCCUCUCCUAUGAUGUUGAGGAAGAAGAGGAUUUCCAGGAGCUAGAGAGCGAUUACUCAAGUGACACCGAAAGUGAAGACAAUUUCCUGGUGAUGCCACCAAGAGAUCAUCUUGGCCUCACUGUGUUCUCCAUGCUCUGCUGCUUCUGGCCACUGGGAAUUGCUGCCUUUUAUCUGUCUCAUGAGACAAACAAAGCAGUAGCCAAGGGGGACUUCCACCAUGCAAGCUCCAGCUCUCGGCGAGCACUCUUCCUGGCUGUCCUGUCCAUCACAAUCGGAACUGGCAUUUAUGUUGGGGUGGCUGUGGCUCUUAUUGCUUAUCUCUCUAAAAACAAUCAUUUAUGAGCCUCAGGAAAGGGGAGAGAACCAGCCUCCCAGCACCUGAACUGCAGAAGUCCCCAGCAGAUCAGACUGCAUUAUUUUCCAAAAAGAUCAAGAGACAAACCACCUUCUGGGGACAGGUACAGGAUGAGAUGGGCUUGUGCAUUAUUGUAGGGUGGGAAGCUGUUUGGGCUUGGGGUGGUUCCACCAUUUGUGAUGCACAAGUCUUGCUUUUCUUCAUGAACCCCUGUACAAGAAAGAAGGAAAGAAUGAAAGAGUAAAAGAGAGAAAAAGAAAGAAAAAUAAAAGAAAGAAAUAAAAAAGAAAAAAUAAAAGGAAAGAAGCUGGGAGAGGUGUGGAGAGGGGUGUUUCGCCUUUGCCUUCUUUGCAAUACAGCGUUUGCAAGCAGCUGGCAAAUUGAGCUGUUCUCUUAAUACCUUCUUGGUGACCUGAACUUUGCAGCCAGCAUGAGCUUGUCCUUUGCUUGUUAAGCACAGCACUGAGAUCUGGGAAAGCAUGGACAGUGGCUGGUUCUAUGAAAGAGCAUUGUAACAAUAGGAGAAAGACUAUGGCUUUUUUUGUGUUUUGAAUGCAGGACUCAUCUGCCUAAGAAUGAAGCAGACACCUCAGCAUAGAGUGGUAUUGCCUACUUUUCUUUUUUGGGGUAGGUUUCCAUGGGAGGAGAAAAGGAAAUAAAAAGUAUAUUUCUUUCCCUUCCUUGUUUUUGGAUUAAGGUGUGACACACAGGUCCACUCAAUAAAGAACUGCUGAGGUUACUGCAUGAUUUGGCUCCAUAGACUGAGUGCAAGGUUGAAGAACAUGAGAUCUGUUGUAAAAUGAAUUCCUGCAUCCAGUCACAUUGUGAUAAUAGCAUUUUCCUGUGGCAUAUUGCUCAUUUGGGUUGCUCUACCUUACUGUGGAGACCUGCAUAGCGGUCAGUGCAAGAAACUUAGGGGAAAAAAUGUAAACUGAAGUACUAAUAAAUUUUUUAAUUAAAAAUCAUAGUAAAGCAUGGGAAUUAACCAGAGGAAGGAAUGCUUCAUAUACUUCCGAGGUCCUACUCAUAUACAGAGCAGUGAAGGAGACCAUUCAGAGCUCACAGCUCAUCUGUGGCCCAGGGACACUGCGUAGCCAUGGAGAGACAAGCCUGUCCCUCGAUAAGCAGAGCAAUGGUACAUUGUAGGGUGUACCACUAAGGGUGUAUCAGCAUAGAUACGUAUGUAGCUACACAGAUAUACACAGAGAGGAAAACCAAUCAAGUCAGUAACCAUUUUAUUACUCACUGUGUUUUACAAACAUAAUUUCUUUACCCAUGAAUUUCAUCAAAGACCUUUUUCUGCAAUUCAGUAUUGUGUGUCAUCUUUGCUCUGGGAAAGGUUUUUUUCUCCUGUUUUGGGGUUGGUAUUGUUUUGUUUU